GCAGUAAACAGGAAAGAGCAAAGAAGCGGAGGAACAAUAAGCACCUACCAAGAAAGCAAGACAACACGCGUAUUGCAGUAAAUAGGAUAGUCACAUAAAAAAAAAAAAAAAACGAGAGAGAGAGUGAGAUCCUAGUUUCUGUCUCUGUUAUCAAAUUCCCAAUUAUCUCUAGUAAUUUCUUACACCAAUCAGUUAAACAAUGGCUUCAUCUCGACCUCGAUACACAUACGAUGUGUUCUUGAGCUUUAGAGGCGAAGACACUCGCGACAACUUCGUCAGUCAUCUCUACACUGCGUUGGCUCACAAGGGGAUUCACACCUUCAAAGACGAUGAAAAGCACCAGAGAGGAAAAUCGAUUUCGCCGGAGCUCCGGAGUGCGAUUCGAGAAUCGAGGUUUUCAAUUAUAGUUUUAUCGAAGAAUUAUGCUUCUUCGAGAUGGUGUUUGGAUGAACUUGUGGAGGCACUUGAAUGCAGCAACACAACUGUUUAUCCGAUAUUCUAUCAUGUGGAUCCAUCGGAAGUGAGAAGGCAAAGAGGGAGUUUUGGGGAGGUAUUUGACGAAUUGGUUUCCAAACAGGGAGUUCUGGGAAUGGAGAAUGUUCAAAGGUGGAGGAAUGCUUUGCAGCAAGUUGCCAAUUUAUCAGGAUGGCCUUAUCCCAAUAUCAUUAGGUCUGAAUCAAUGCUCAUCCAAGAAGUUGUCGGGUUACUUUUUAGAAAAUUAAGUCAUACAUAUUCAAGCAUUGGCGAAGAUUUAGUUGGGAUGGAUUCUCGUAUGGAGAAAGUGAUUAAAUUGCUAGGUUUAGGGGUGGAUGAUGCUCGUGUUGUAGGGAUUUGGGGAAUGGGUGGAAUAGGUAAGACUACUAUUUCUAGAGCUGUUUAUGAUCGUAUCUCUUGCCAAUUUGAAGGUUACAGCUUUAUUGAGAAUGUUAGAGAAGUUUCAAAAAAAUGUGGUUUAAAAACUUUGCAAGAACAACUCAUUUCUGAAAUCUUAAUGGAAAAGGAUUUGAAAGUAGGAAGUGAAGGUCGUGCAGUACAUAUGAUAAGGAACAUGGUAUGCCGUAAAAAAGUUCUUAUUGUGCUUGAUGAUGUGGAUGAAUUAACCAAACUCGAAAAAUUGGUAGGAGAGCAUGAUUGGUUCGGUUUUGGAAGUAGAAUCAUUAUAACGACUCGAAAUCAACGUGCGUUAACUAGAUAUGGCAUAACACAUAUUUAUAAGGUUGAGGAAUUAAGAGAAGAUGAAGCUACAGAACUCUUCGAAUUGAAAGCCUUCCAAAAACACCAGCAAAUGGGAGGCUAUAGAGAGCUUGUAUGUCGUGCAGUAAAGUAUGCUAAAGGAGUUCCUUUAGCUCUCAAAGUUUUAGGUUCUUUUCUUUGUGGUCGAAACAAAGAUGAAUGGGAAAGUUCAUUAAAAAGACUAAAAGAAAGCCCCAUGAAGGAAGUUCAGGAAGUACUUAGAAUAAGUUACGAUGCAUUGGAUUGGCAAGAGCAGGAAAUAUUCUUAGAUAUUGCAUGUUUUUUCAAAGGGAUGGACAAAAAUGACAUAACCAAAAUACUAGAAAGUUGUGGCUUCCACCCAAUUAUUGGAAUAGAUGUUCUUGUUAAAAAUUCUCUUAUAACUAUCUCCGGAAAUAAGCUGUUGAUGCAUGAUUUGAUACAAGAACUAGGGUGGUAUAUUAUUUUCCAACAAUCACCUAAAGAGCCUGGAAAGCGCACUAGGUUAUGGCGUGAUGAAGAUAUAAAACAUGUACUCAUGGACAAUACGGGAACAAAAAAAGUGGAAGGCAUAGUUGUACAAUAUCCUGACCCAAGUGGUCUAGAUUCAAAGGACUUUCGGUUUCUAAAACAAUUGAAGUUGAGGCCUAAAGCUUUUGCAAAGAUGUCGAACUUGAGGAUUCUCAAAAUUUGUUGUAUGCAUCUCUCAGGAGACCUCAAAUAUCUUUCUAACAAGUUAAGAUAUAUUGAUUGGUUAGGGUACCCUAUGAAAUUCAUGCCUUCAACAUUUCAACCAAAGCAUCUUGUUGAACUUCACUUAACCUAUAGCAGCAUUGAACAACUUUGGGAGGGAACAAUGCAUUUAGACAAGUUAAGAAUCAUGAAUCUUAGUCACUCGACAUACCUAACGAAGAGCCCAGACUUCACAGGGGUCCCAAAUCUUGAAAGACUGAUUCUUGAAGGCUGUACAAGUUUGGUUAAUCUUCAUCCAUCCAUUGUAGUUGUCAGAAGGCUUAUUUGUUUGAACUUGAAGGACUGCAAAAAUCUCAAGAGUCUUCCACGUGGCAUUCAAUUGGAAUAUCUUGAAGUUUUUAUUGUCUCUGGGUGCUCAAAGCUUGACAACAUUUCAGUCAGCAUGGGAUAUAUGAGAUGUUUAUCAAAGCUUCGUUUAGAUGGGACUGGUAUCAGUGAACUUCCACCUUCAGUUAGACAUCUUACCAACCUUGGUUUUAUUAGUCUGAGAAAUUGUAAAAACUUGAGAAGUAUUCCGGACAGCAUUUGUCAGUUGAAAGCUCUUGAAGAUUUAAACCUCUCUGGUUGCUCCAAACUUGACAAACUACCGCAAGAUGUGGGUGAUCUGGACUGUUUGAAAGUGCUUCGUGCAGAUUGGACUGCAAUUAGGCAACUCCCAUCCUCCAUUGGACUUCUGAAGAAGCUUAGAAUACUAUCCUUACAAGGGUGUAAAGGAAUGGCAUCUAAUUCAUGGAGUUCUUUAUUAUUGCCUUCCAUUUUACGAAGAGAGAGAGAGAAUUCCAGUGCUUUGGAACUAGUAGCUUUGUCAGGGUUAGAGUCUUUAUGGAAACUGGAUCUCAGUUACUGUAAUUUAAAAUCUAUCCCCACAGCCAUUUGUCACAUCUACUCAUUGAGACAUUUAUAUCUAAGUGGAAACAAUAUGGAAAGUUUACCUGCAAGCAUGAAUCAACUCUCAAGGCUGUCGGGCUUGUAUUUGAAUGGUUGCAAGAAGCUUCAAGAAUUGCCAGAGAUUUCAUCUGAAAUAAGGGACCUACGUGCUAAUGAUUGCCCAUCAUUAAGAACAAUACGGAGUUCAUCCAAAUGCAAUAAGUUUGCCAUACUUUCCUUCAAGAAUUGCUUCAAACUGAUUGAGAAUAAGCAAAACAACAUCCGGAUAGAAAAUUUUCUUUUAAAUCAAUUUCAGAGAAAUUCUUGUGGAAGGAAUUGUUUUAGCAUUGUUUUACCUGGGAGAGAGAUUCCAAAGUGGUUCAGCCAUCAAAGUAGGGGGUGUUGGAUAUCUUUUCAGUUGCCUCCACAUUGGUUUAACAGCAGCUUCUUGGGAUUUGCUUUCGCUGCUGUUGGAAUCAGCAAUAAAUAUAAGCCUUUGCUUAUUGCUAUGAGGUUUAAGAGGCUUGGUACUCAGAGGAUAAUCACAAAAUGUUCUAAACGUCAAAUCACAAGUCUUCCAGCUGUGGAUUUUGGAAAUUUGCCAGUUAGGUAUGUCUCACGCAGUGAAUUUCUGAGAAACGUGGAAGCUGAUAUGGAGCAAUUAAAUGAGGAUGGAAUUGAAUUUCAAGCUUGUUUAUUUGGAGUCUGUCGGAAUUCUUCAUCAGGAGAAUAUCAACUGGCUUUGAAAGCAGCUGAAAGAUAUUGCUUUGGGGAAAAUGGAUGGGCAGGGAAGAAUUUUGUUGAGGUUGAAAAGUUCGGUGUCCGUUUAGUAUACAAGGAAGCCAAACAACAAGCAUUGAGCAUACACAACUCUGAAGAUAACAACAUGGGUGUGUUCCAUGGAGACUUGGACAGAUCUGCAGGAGUACAAGGUGCUAGUAGUGCUACUACAUCAAAGAGAAGACGAGACGACCUUAAUGACAAUGACUACGACGCAGCAGCAGGAUCCAGUGGAAGUCCUGGAAUUGAUGAUCAAGAGGACCUCCUUAACCUCAACAGCAAAAGGCUUAGGUAGUGAAAAUUGUGCCAAUGUAGCCCCAGAUGUAUUUGGCAUUGAGGAAGAUUUUGGAAGAGCCAGAGCAUAUAGUCAGUGUGGGAAACCUGAAUUAGUUCAACAAGCAAUAGAUAGUUGCCCAGUUGAUUGCAUCCAUUGGACUUUUGCUGCACGACUAUCUUUGCUUGAAGAUGAAAUGCGGAGGGUAGAAAGAGUAAAUAUCCAAGGGAUUUAAUAUCAUUUUCAAAAUGGGCUCAGGCUCACCC